UCUGAUUAAGUUUAAGGCUGAUUUAGUUUUUGUGUAAAAAAUAUAAAAAUGCAUUACAUUUUUAAUUACCAUUAACAAUAAACAAUAUGUACAGGUUAUAGAAAAGCAAGGCUGAGAAAUUUAGCACUCUAGAAUUUGUUUAUAUUUGUCAGUGCAAUGUCCCUUUUAUCAAUUUUACGAUUACCUAGAUUUGCAGAAAAUAUUAUUGCAGUACAAUAUACGCUGCAAGUAAAAAACUAUGCAGUUGAGAAAAAAAAGGUAAUAAAAGCUCAAGAAAGAAUAAUACUACCAGUUGAAGAAGACGUCAAUAAAUUAUUGAAUUAUGUAUGUGGAUCAAACAUUUAUAAAGAAGGAGAAGAUGUAAAGUUAAAGCCAGACUCUGAAUAUCCUGAAUGGCUAUGGAACAUCAGAACUGAGCCAUUGAAAUUAGAAGAUUUAGAUCCAAAUACAAAACAAUAUUGGAGAUACAUUCGCAAACAAGCACUGAUUAAAAAUAAUAAAUUCAGGAAAACUCAACGAUUCUAAAAAAUUAAUUUAGUAGCAGAUAAUUAAUUUUAUUAA